AUGCUGGUCUCCUUGACUGUUGGCAAGGUAGACGCUGGAGUCGCCGUCCUCUUGACACAGGAUAACCGACUGAUCGAGUUUCCCUCGGUCCUCCUCCCUAACAACAUCACAUCCGGCAGCAUCGUCGACAUCACAGUAGCGCGCAAUCACAUCGCCGAAGAAGCCAGUUCCACCGGAUUCCAAAGUCUCCAGAAACGCAUCCUCAACACAUACGGUGUCAAGACUCCCACCCCGCCGGUUCUGCGACUCCGCAACGCAACCCAGACCUCGCUAGUACUGGAAUGGGACCCGAUCGACCUGGCCACAGCAUCUCUGAAAUCCCUCUCACUCUAUCGCAAUGGCUCCAAAGCCGGAUCCAUCCCGCGACCCCUCGAGACACGCUCCACCAAGAUCAGCGGAUUGGCAAUCCACACCGAAUACACCUUCCACCUAGUCCUGCGCACAACCGCCGGCACAUACCAGUCGGAGAAGCUGACAUGUCGGACGCACAAGAUGACCGAUCUCUCCGGUAUCACGGUUACGGCGGGUGUUCUGCCGGAACAGCAGAAGGAGGCACUUGGUGCGGCGCUGGAUCGCAUCGGCGGCAAGCUGAUUGAUACGGUCCGCAUCGAUACGACUCACUUCGUGUGCACGGAGGGAAGAGGCCCGCUGUGGGAGAAGGCGGUUGAGAUGAAUAUUCCUGUCGUGACGCCGGAAUGGGUGGAUGCCUGUGAGGCUGAGGGCACUAUCGUGAGUGUCCGUGGCUACUACUUGAAUGCCGACCCCAAGGCUAGACAGCUGGGUCCUAUUCAUGCGUCGACGCAACAUCAGCGUACCAUGUCCACCAUGACUGCCAACACACAGAAUCAUAUCCAGUCCCAGUCGAGACUGAGCCUCCAGCCUCAACCGACGCGAGAGAGACAGGAGUCUCUCGCUGAACCACCGGUUACGCCGUUCCCCGGGGCCAGCAUGAGCGGUCAGCCGAAGGCUGAGGACUCAGAAGGACCUUCAGAUGAUGAAGAUGAACUGCCUCCUCCCCCACCUCCUCCCAAGGAUGAGGGUGAACCUGCAGAAUCCCCAGAGCCGACUCCUAAUGGCCAUGCCGAGCAAAAUGGGGAGGCCGAUGCUACGGAAACAUCAGUUUCAUCCGAGAAGGAGGACAAGGCUGAUAGUGAAGAGAAGGAAGACGAUGCGGAAGAGAAAGCAGAGGAAACAAAAGAAGAACCAUCAGGCGAUGAGGUGAAAAAGGGCAAGGGAAAAGAAAGUGAAGGGGACUUUAAUGAAGUCCCUCUUUAA